UGAUAACCCAGAGACACACAACUCCAAUAUUGUAUGCAACACCAUUGCAUCUGUAUCAUAACAUACAUGUAUAUACGAAAUUAACAAUUUCAAAAGUACAGACGAUUGUCAUUUUGAUUUACAUGUGAUGAAUGAACAAUGAUCUCGGAGAAGGUGAUCGUUCAGUUGCCAUGUAGUUAAAUCAAGUUGUUGACGAAACACCUUUAAAUAAUAUUUGUAUUUACCAACUCUUUAAACCACAUUAAUAAAUACAAUGGUUUAAAAAAACGUAUUUCGUCUCGAGUGAAAAACGAAAGUAACAGUUGGAAGGAGUGUCAGACAUGGAAAUAUGAAAACGAAACUUGAAGUACAUCAAACCACGUGACAAUAAACUUCUUGGAAGUUGACGUCACCUGACCGAUUAGUAAAGAACAGGUAAUCAGUUGACACACCUUCUGAAUCGUCGAGGUGACACUCAGCAGUUGUGGUAGCAAUUCAGUUUCCGGGAAAUUCCCAGUUUUGAUUAACUGAGACUACGACUAACUGGACGAAUGAGACUGAUGACGAAGAGAUUGUCGAGACUGUGGCCAGUGUUGGGGAGCUGCUAGUUUUGGCAGACCAUACAGUUCCAACAUGAAGUGCCGAGGCAAGACACGAGAUGGUAGCCUUUGUAGUUACACUAGUGAGACAGUUUAUAAGUUUUGCCCCGAAUGUGGUAAACCUCCUGAUGAACCUGACGAACCUGACAUUACAGUCCUGUGUCCAGGGAAAGGUGGUCAGCCUUGUGGAAAGCCAAUCAAAUCCAGCUUUAAGUUUUGUCCUGAAUGUGGAUGGGAAAUUGAUAAAGCUAUAUUCACCAAGAAAGAAGUAAACAAAUGUCCUUCAUGUAGUGCAGAUGUGAAGGAAGGGGAGAAAUUCUGUUCAAAUUGUGGAGAAGGGCUCGUUUUUAUAGAUGAUGAAAAAGACAAAAGCCAAGAAAAGGAGCAAGUCGCAGAUAAAAAUGCAAAUGUCCCAGAGACAGCAGAACCCAUGACAGUAAGCAGCUCUGCUGGAAUACAGGAGACAUCUGUAGCAGCUGAAGUGGAGAACCAGCAGCAACAAUUUCCUACUCCCUCACCUAAUGUGGCUGUCAUUCCAGACAAACACCAAGAAAAGGAGCAAAUCUCUGAUGAUGCAAAUGCGACAGAGACUGCAGACCCCAUGAAAGUAAGCAGUUCAUCUGUAUCAGUUGAGAACCAGCAACAACCAACUCCUACUACAUCACCUAAUGUGGGAUAUGUGACUGUUGUGUCAGCACAGACCUCUCCAAAUAUGAAGAGGAGAAAUUCAAAUGAAAUAGGAAAAGAAUCCAAAAGGGCAAGGGCCACAUCAGAAGCUGGAGAUGCUUUCUCUACAGACUCCACUGUUGCCAACACCACUGCAGUUCAUGCUCCUAAUGCAACUACUGCUAGUGUUACUGUCAGUGCUCCAAAACCAUCAACUGCCACUGUCUAUGUGAAAUUAGAAGGUUCACAUGCUGCUGGUUCUGAAGAUUCUUACAGGAAUGAAGGUGCUGGUGAUGUCCAAAGAAACCCAAACCCCAAUGAUUCACAGGGAAGCUAUAAGAGAGACAGCAAUGUGAACACAGUGAAUGAACAGAAGAAUUUGAUUAAGGAAUGAGAGAGAAAUAUUUGGUGCCUCUGAUUCCAAUAACUCUAAUAUUAAAACAGCUGAAGCCCAAAAUCAGACAGGCACUCUGCCUGGCACAAAGAACACUGCUAUUGAUGAUAAGAAGAAAGAAGGUUCUCCAAAUGUCAAAGAUCAAGAAAGUAAAGACAAACAGGUUGAUCAAAAGCCAACAUUUAGCAGCGUUGUAGCAAAGUCAUCCGGUGACAAAGACAAACAAGGUGCACAGCAGAAACCAGGAGAUGGAACCAGACAAGGCAAAGCAAGAGGGGGCUCCAGACAAACAACUACUGCAGAAAGAGACAAUAAUGUGGAAGUUGUCUUCCAUGUGAUAAUAUCAGAACAAAUGAAGCUAGAGCCAAAUACUGAAGCAGUGUACAUAAGAUUUGGACCAAACUCUCUUGGAGGUUGGAAUUCAGACAAGUGGAAAAUGGAUCUUGUAAGGAAAAUAUCUGAGGGAGAAUUUGAAUAUGCCUGCCAUGUCCCAGUCUCUAAGGAUCUGUUAAGAAGUCAUUUUAGAUACAAGUACAUGAUACAGCGUGGUCCAGACACAUUCACAUGGGAAGAACCUUACUACAGGAAAAGAUUCUACAAAGACCAUCCAAAUAUUAAUCGUGCAUUCUGUAUUCCAACAUCAUGGAAAUCUUAUGAAGGCACAUGGCAUCAGUAUGAUGGAUUCACUUAUCCAAAAAUAGAAAAAGGCAUCUGGAAUACAGUGAAAGGUCUUUGGAAAGGAAGCUUUGAGGACAAACUUCGUGCUGACACUGAUCGGGCCAUUGAGCUUUUUGUUACCACCAGUGGGAAAAGUCAUUGCCUGUCUAUCUCAAGAGAAACCUGAAGGUUCAAAAACAGCAGAAGAUAUUCUGGAUACUGUUUUCAUGGUGUUUUCAGGCAUGAAGGAUCAUAUGAUCGACAGAAAUAUGAAAGACUUUGAUCAAGGCGUGAAGACAAAGGCAUUUCUCAGAUUCAUCAAACCAUUUCAAGAUCACAUCAUGAAGGUUGAGGGACAGAACACAUCUGACGAAAGUGGACUGGUAUUAGCUGCAUUUGUGUUAAUGGUGUCCUUCGAGAACGACAUGAUCCAUGAGAUCUAUUCUGAUGCAAAGCUCUUUCAAGCUUUUUUACCACACCCUGAUUACCAGAAGAAAGAAUGCCCAGAUCUGGAAGCUUUGAAACAACACUUCAAAUCAAAAGCAAAUGACCUUGUGGGUUACCUAUUGAAAACCAUAAAUUUUCAUGCCAAAGACUACCGAUAUGGGACUUCAGUGUACAGUUGUGAAUCUCAAUGGAUGUACCUUGUACCGCUCCUACAUUUCUUGAAAAAGGAUUCGGAACCAUUCAAGAAAGUCUGUGAUCCUGAAUACAGAAAAUCAGAAUGGUGGGGUCAUACUGGCAUAGAGAAGGCAAAGGAAACGCUGAAGACCAUUCAUCAAUGGUCGAUACCAUUCAGUCAUCUUGUUGGGGACCUGGAGCAUCUUUUUGAAGUUGACUACUUGCUACCAAGAACACUUAUGGCAUGUGUGUCUGCUCAACACAUUCAAGAUAUUGACUGCCUUGGGAACAUUCCGCCUGACAUAAGUUCAGCUACCUUUAGUCACUAUCUGGGCUCUCAACACUUCCAUUUUCAAGAAUAUGAAAAGAAAAAACUAGCUACUGGGUUAAGGACUGUAGCAGAUGCACAGAGAAAGCAGUGGACGGCAAUGGAAUUGUCUGAACCAAAUCCAAAAUCACUAGAAGGACAUCUAGCUCAAGCAAAGAUGAGUGUCAAGAUUGCUUUUGAAGUGGUAACGGUUUGUCUGAAACGAAAAUACCAACUUAUUGACUUGGUAGCAGCUGCAGCAGAUCUCUUUCUGUCAAGUCUUUGGAAUGGUCGCCUUCUGUACCAAAAUGUGAAGUUGGAUUCUAAAUGCAAAAAUGAACUUGAAAAGCUUUGUGCUGACCAUAUGCUGUCAAAACUGAAAGGUGUUCAGCAUCAAAUGCUUACUUGGAUGGACAGUUACUUUGAGUUCUAUUCAGUCUCUACUGUCAGAUCUUCACUAGAGCUGUGGAAUGUUUUAAUUGGUUUGGACAUUUCUGUUCCUGAGUUACAAAAAGAAUGGCAGAAAACAGUUCUUGAUGCCUUUGAAAGGAUCUUGUCUAAGGUACAUUGUUAA